AUGAACAACAACAAGACCAUGAAAAUUAAAAAAUCAACAGAAAAAGGAUUUGAUCUUGAAUCCUGCUUCUAAAAAAGUGAGACAGAUCACUAAGACGGUUACAUAAAGGAUGCUGAUUAUUAUUUUGAUUCCUAUUCUCAUUUCAGCAUCCAUGAAGAAAUGCUUAAAGACAAGAUCAGAACAAAAGCCUAUUAAAAUGCCAUACUUAAGAACAAGGUAAAUAUGUAUUCCCCUACAAGUCUAGCAACUUUUUCAAAAUAAAAUAGUUUUGGAUGUAGGAGCAGGAACAGGCAUUCUCUCUAUUUUUGCCGCUUAAGCUGGAGCAAAACAUGUUUAUGCAGUUGAGAAUGCUAACAUUGCAAUCCACGCAAAAAAGAUUAUCAGUGAUAAUGGAUUCAGUGAUCAAAUUACCAUUGUAAAAGGAAAGAUAGAAGAAAUCGAAUUACCUGUUGAAAAGGUGGAUAUCAUCAUUUCUGAAUGGAUGGGGUAUAUAUAAAAUAAACUAAAAUUUAGUUAUUUUCUUCUUUAUGAAUCCAUGCUUGACUGCGUUCUGUAUGCAAGAGACAAAUAUUUGGCUCCUGAUGGCCAUAUGUUCCCAGACAAGGCUAUCAUGUAUCUAUCCACGAUUGAAGAUGAUGAAUACAGAAAGUCUAAAAUUGAUUUCUGGUAAUUAUCACAUACUAUAAUUUAAUAGGGAUAAUGUAUAUGGUGUAAAUAUGAGUUGCAUUAAACAAUGGGCACUUCGAGAACCUCUAGUGGAUUGCUGUAAUCCAGAACAAAUAAAUUCCAAUUCCUGUCCAAUCUUUGAGAUUGAUAUCAAGACAGUGAAAGUGGAUGACUUGGAUUUCAGUCAUUAAUAUAUGUUGAAGAUUUAAAAGGAUGAUUAUGUUCAUGCAUUAGUUGGAUGGUAUGUAGUUAAUCUAUCAAUAUAAAAGGUUUGAUGUUCAAUUUUCCAGUUGCCAUGUUCCAGUAAGAUUGACAACAUCUCCUUAUGCAGAAAGUACUCAUUGGAAAUAAACUGUAUUCUAUAUUGAAGAACCAUUGGCUGUGAAAAAUAAUGAUAUAAUCUCAGGCAGCAUAGCUGUGAAAAAGAACGCUUAGAAUCCAAGACAUUUGGAUAUCAAGAUUUCGUAUCACUUGGAAAAUGUUUAUGGAAAAAACGAUUAAUUUAUAUUGUAUAGACUCAGUUGA